AUGAUCCCCGCGUCAUCUCAUCUCCAUCAAUCCCUUCAUUUCGUACCCUUUAGAUCAGUAGAUGAUAAUAAUACUCAGGGAGGGGGCACAAAUGAUCUUCCCCUUUAUCACACUGCUCUCUCACAUCCACAGCCCUUCUUUGGCCAACCGAUUGGAUUCCUACAACAGGUCCCCAACACAUUCACUUAUGAAAAGGAUGAAGACGUUGAAAUGGAGGAUAACUAUCACGGUUACUCUGAGGUUCCCUUACCCUGUGACUCAACGAAAGUGCCAAAUGCCCGGCCAACAGCUAGCGGACUGCAUCCCCCAAGCCCGCCAUUCAAGUCCUCAGGCCACAAUGUCCAGGCUGAUACAACCAACGACAAGUAUUCCCCUCCUUCUCAUUCUCUUGACCCGAAAGAGAAUAAUAACCAUAAAAUCGACGAGACCCAUCCUAUUCUGGAAUCUUCCACCUUCAAGACCCCCAACCCUCAAUCCAUGGUUGGUCAAUUGCGACCAGCAAACUUUGAAGAUUCGUCCGACGAAGACGAAGAAGAGGAGUGGAUGAGGACACAGAUUUCUCUUGGACGUAUAUUUGAAUUCGAUCUUUCCACCUCUUCUACGGACAAGCCACCUCCACCAGUCGCUCCAAAGGCGGCCAAAGUCGUCUGGAACCGCGAAUUGGAUCGCAAGAUCAUCGCGCUUCCCAUAAGAAGGCAUUCUCGCCUCCCCGAAAACUUUAUUCCCGUCAAAUCUUCAGUCCCGUCCUAUCCUUUUACUCACUCUACGGCAAAGUUUAUAGAAAGUCCGUCACCGCUGAUUCAUGAUGUCCCACCUGAAUCAUAUGAAGAGCACCAAUACGUUUACACUCCACAAGAUGAUCAGCUGUCUCGAUGCUAA